AUGGCAAUAAAAGAUUACGGGAAAGGGGCAAGAAAAAGUACGUCUAACAAACAAGAGAAGAUGUUUAUUUGUAACAAAGCAGCUCAGUUGUUGUCUAUGGUAUUUGUUAUUGAAUAUCCCCAUAAAUGGAUGACCUUCUUCACUGAUCUACAUCGUUUGUUGAGCUAUGGUGUCAAAGCUGUUGACUUGUACCUUCGAAUACUGAUGGCAAUAGACAGUGAAGUUGUUGACAGAGAAAUUGUACAUACAACUGAGGAUGCCCAGAGAAAUACGCUAAUCAAAGACGCUAUGAGAGAACAAUGUAUACCAGAAAUGGUAGAGAUGUGGUAUAUGAUAUUGAGAACUUAUGAAAACUCAUCUUCUGAAGUCACAUGUCUGUGUCUCGAGGUGAUUGGUGCCUAUGUAUCCUGGAUUGAUAUCAGUCUUAUCGCCAAUGAACGCUUCAUAACAUUGUUAUUACACCAUUUGUCUGUGGAUGUACUUAGAGAAAGUGCUUGUGAUUGCCUUCAUGAAAUCAUCAGUAAAGGAAUGAAUCCUAUGGCUAAAACUCAACUGGUGGAGUCAUUAGUAAGUGUCCUUGAGAGGGCCCAUAUUCUUCCGCCUGCACAGGAUGAAGACAUAGAUUUUGUGGCAAAGCUUGCUAAACUCAUCAAUGGUGUUGGAACUAAUUUAUUAGUUAGCUGGAACAAAUUACUUAAAUCAGGAAAUGAGGUAGAUGCUGAGAAAACAUUCCAAGCUAUUGACAAUAAAGUGUCGCUAAUGUUGCGUUUUCUUGGUGAUGAAGAUGAUGAUAUUUCACUGGCAGUCACUGAGUUUGCUCAUGAUUAUGUCACAACCCUGAAACAAGUGAGUUGCAUGCAAUUUGUAUGGUUACAAUGGGAAACAUUAGUAUUUACAAAAGUAGAGCUUGCUGUGCGAUUCCUUUAUAAUCUCGGUGAAGCCAUCCCUGCUAAUCAGAGUAAUCAUUUCAUGGGUGAUUCUCCUAAAGUUAUUGCCAUGAAGGAGAUGAUGUCAACUCUUGUAAGGAGUGGUGUCGUUGGACAUUCACAUUUUGCAGUAGGUUUGCAGGUUUUUGAAACAUUUGCUCGGUAUGACAAAUUCUUUAACUUGACACCACAACAUAUCCCAGAAGUGAUUGCAGCAUUCCUGGAUGAGAGGGGUAUGCGAAACCCCAAUGCAAUGCUUCGCAGUAGGACAUCAUAUCUUUUUUCAAGAUUUGUGAAAUCUACACGCCAACAUUUGCACCCAUACACGGAUGAGAUUUUAAAGACCUUAGCCACAUUUAUGGUUGCAGCUCCACCAGAUAAUGGUCAUUCUAUGUUGCUAUCCAAUGAUGACAAAUUGUUUAUUUAUGAGUCAGCUGGUGUGCUCAUUGUGGCUAGUCAGUUCCCACCUGAGAAAAAACAGCUACAGAUGAAGACACUGCUUUCUCCAUUGAUUCAAAAAUUCAACACAAUGUUAACGAAACUUUGUGCAGAGUGUGACGAGGCACAGCAACUGGUGUAUGCUGAGAUUGUGAGUCAGUGUAUAUCAUUUGCCAGUCGUACAAGUAAAGCAUUUCAUAGCCAGCAGACUAUGACACAAUGUGGAUGUGAUGUAUGUUAUAUAGAAGCCUUACAAGUAUUUCUGCUUGCAAUGAACACUCCUUAUCAGAGGCAGAUAGUACAUUCUGCAGUACGACAGUAUUUACAUCGCAUGAUAGUCUGUCUUGAAGGGGAUGUGCUACCUUAUAUCCCAAUUGCAGUGGAAAAUUUACUUAAAAGUUCCUGCACUGCAAAAGAUAUUCAAGAAUUUAUUCCGCUAAUUAACCAAAUUAUCAGCAAGUUUAAGUAUGGAUUCCGAGAUUUUAUUUAUGAAAGAAUAAUUCCCACAUGUUUUUUAGCGCCUCUGAAGUCAACGUUUGAUUUGGGUGAUGGACAAACGUAUCUGGCUCUUCAGGAAGAUGGAGCCCUAUUAAAAACUGUUGUCAGUAAGCAGGGGAGAAAUGCAUAUAGAUUUUUACAAGAAGAAUACUUGCCAUCACUACAGAUAUCACCUGGCUUGUCACAAGAAUUUUGUGAAGCUUUACAACAAACUGAUCUAAAAGUUUUCAGAAAUUAUUUUAAGGUUUUUCUACUGAGAUUGAAAUCAUGACAAUGACAUCCAUGCUGCAAUGUCAAGUCCAAGCCCUAACGUAUUAUGAAUAUGGAUUUACUGCAAUUACCAUCCUAUCAUAUACAUUAUGUAAAUGACAGAAGUGUAUAUAUAAUUAUAUAUAAAGCUCCUAAUGAGUGAUGUACUUGUACCUUACGAAACAUUGCUGUCGAGUUUCAAUAUUCAUGUAGUUGUCUUAUUUCCUCUAUUACCGUAUCUAUCCACUCUACAUAUACUUUGUAUUGAGCACUUUUGUCUUGGAAUAAUCAACUCUCACAUCUAGACUAUAAUUAUAUAUAUAUUGUUAUGUUAUAAUGAACCAGGAUACCAUACAUGCAGUUUUCAGUUUUAUGUUUUUUAUUAGCUGGCAAAACUAAGUGUUCACUUUCUCUAAUUGUUGUGUCUGCUCCAUUGAAAAUUCUGUUUGUCAAGAAGGUAGCCCCUUUAUAUAAAUAGAGUAAUGUGACAGAUGUACAACUUCUGUAUGUAUACAACAAAUAUAUAACUGCUACUGCAUUAAAAAUUAUUUUCAGAAACCUAUGAAAGUCGAGUAAUGUGUAACAGUAAUCACAUCUAGUAUCACAUACUCUGAUUAGACCUUAUAUUUCUGAUUGCUAAUCAAUCCAUCAUUUACGGUUUGCUAUAAGGUUGCUUGAUAAAUUCAUGAAUUCUUUUUUUUGCAAAUAUAUUGUUUAUUGCUAUACAAGGUCAUAUGUGAGGUCACUACAUUUUUGGGAUAAAUGUGAUACUUGAUGCGGAUUAAAACAAAAUGUUUGCAUUUUUAUAAAAAAAAUUGAUAAUGAAACAAUGUUUCUGGAACUACAUUUUGAAUAAAAUAAAAUAGGGGGGUACUUACCUAAAGAAAUCGGAGUGUUAAUUUGUCUUAUGCUAAUACAAAGGCAAUACAACAUGUUCUCACUCUCAUGUGUGUUUACAUCAAACGUUUGAUAAACUGUAUUGAUGAACCUUAAUGUGCGAGGUGGAGCUAAAUUCACCAAUAAAUGUUUUCUUGGGUAAUGAACACAUCCUGUAAAGUGUGCUAGGGUAUACAGCAUUCAUGCUUAAACAUAAAUAAAAUAUUAAUCUUAAUAAUAAUUUGUUGACACAUU